AUGAAGAAAACAACAACACUAUUGCCUAAAGUUUUGCUCAAACAGCAUCAAAUUAGGCAAGGAAUCAUAAUACCCACGCUUUUUGUACCAUUUCACUGCAGAAACGGAGAAUUGGCCUUCUCACCAUACUAAAAUUCAGCUCAUUACUACAAAUCUAGUACUUCACCGAUCUGUCCCAUUGAGAUGCUUUUCAAAUUCUAGUACUACGUUUAAACCAACAAUUUCGAUUUCUUUUGUAUAUCCUCUAGCCAAAAAUAUCGCCAAGUUGCGGAAUCGGUUGCAAAGUCUCAACAAAAUGAUCAGCAUGGCGUCGAGUCGAAACGAAAAGAUGCAACUGGAGGUUCAAAUCUUCGACGUCAACAAGGAACUGCAGGAGUUGCUUAAAACUGCCGAGCAGCAGAAGCAGCGUGCCACUGCCCAUGUUGGUGGUUUUCAUUUUCCGUUGAGUUCCAUGGUCGAAAUCGAACGAUUGGAGGAAGCCGUUCGGAAGGAUUUCGAUGUGAGGAAGCAAUAUGUACGCUACCUGUCGCUCAAGAAGCCCCCGACGAUGAACGUAACUAACUUUUUCUCGUAUCUCUUCACCGACGAUGCUCUGAUGGGCUACAACUACUCCGGAACCAACAACAUUGGCGAUUCGAAGAUGCCGAUGAGAAACUAUGAAAUUUUCAUCGAUUGUAUGAUAGAAGCAUGGGCUGAUCAUGGAUUGACGCACAUACUGCUCGAGGAGAAGAUCAAACUUGUGGUGCGAAAGCUUACCGCUUGACGUCGGAUGCAGAAGUUUCGGCAGAGAAAAUCAAUGAAAGUUUAAACUUGUUAAAUAAACUUGAAAUGUUCAAAAAACUUUGUAUAUUUUGUGAAUGAAUUUAAAUUAAUAACUAAUGUAUGGUAAUGACAACAAUUUCCCACUAUGGAUUUCAGAUCCCCUAAAACCACGAAAAAAGGUGUUCACGAGGACGGUAGAACUGGAUGAGUGUGCUGCCGCAAAUGACGAACAGCGCUACAUGUUUAUCGUGAGUCGAAAGGGAGGUAUUCUGUUGGUGCACGAAAACCACAUAUAUCGAUCCAAUAUGCGACGUCAGGGUCCCCACAAGAACAUUCUGUACUGGGAGUGUGUACACAAUCGUUCGCAGAAGUGCCGUGGACGACUCAAGAGCGAAGGGAAUUACCUGUUUAUUUCGAACACCAAUGCCACGCACAAUCAUCCUUCAGAUUUGAAUCGAAUCAACCGAGCUAAGGUCGGAGGAGAGCUGACAUACCGCACAUUCUUUUCACUUUUCAAAUAACAUGUUUCGUUGUUGAUAAGAAAUUGUUUUCAAUUAUUUUGCAAUAUAUCGAUGAAUCUAGUACUAUACCAUCCAUACUAAUUUUCCAUAUCGUUGACAUGUUUUCAUCGUUUUAUUCUUGUACUGCACAUGCUUGUUGUUCACCGUUGGUGGCAAUCUCUGAGCAAUGAUGAAAUUACUCUCAUCAUGAAGCAAUACAUAAUGUCGAUUAAUCUAGUACUGAGUAAUUCACACUAUUUCUAGAUAUUGUUGAAAUAUUUUCGUCUUUUGUUUUAGUACUGCACAUACUUGUUAAUCACAAUUAGUGGGAAUCUUUGAGUCGUUCAUCUAUGAUUAAACUAAAUCCAACUAAUUUUGCUAACAUUUUGUAACUACAAUUUCAGUUCAGGAAACGUCCCCGACAUUCGAUACGCCACAGUAUGUU